UCUGGUUCAGUGUCUUGGCGUCCGAUAAGUUUGUCGCAGAACUACCCCACCACCGGCACCACCACCGGCACCACCACCACCAUCACCACCCCGCUUCGAUACCGCUACGCAUACCAUACCACCACAGUCAGGGGUGCCCCAGCGCCGGAGGCCAUGACAGAAGACACCCCAAUGCCACUCCUCCUCUCCACCGCGCUGCCGGAUAUCACCAGACUGGCCAUAGAAUCCCCUAGCACCCCAACCCCACCAAAGGACCCGAAGGCUCCCAAAGACCCCACGCCCUUCAGGUUCGGCACUCGCCUGCUCACUGACCCAUCUAGUGUCUUUGAACACAACGCCUGGGACCAUGUCGAAACCGACGAAGCCUACCGCGCAACGUCAGCCGCGCAAAUCUCCUUCCAGCGAUCACGGCCGGUGGACCCCUUCAACAAGGAGCGCUUCAACAGUGACCCGGCAAAGUGGUGGGAUGACUUCUAUAAGAACAACACGACGAACUUUUUCAAGGACCGGAGGUGGCUGCACCAGGAGUUCCCGCUGCUGGAAACGCUGACGAGCCAGGGCGCUGGCAGAGCUAACAUCGUGGAAUUGGGAUGCGGGGCUGGGAAUACCUUGUUCCCGGUGCUGAGGCUCAACAGGAAUGAGGAGCUCUGCAUACAUGGGUGCGACUUUAGUCGCAAGGCAGUGGAGUUGGUGUGUGCGCAGGAGGAGUUUAGGAAGGAGGUGAAGAGUGGUAGGGUUCGUGCUUCCGUGUAUGACCUUUCGCAGAGGGACACUUUGCCCGAAGGGGUGGAAGAGGGGAGUGUGGAUGCGGUUAUUAUGGUGUUUGUGUUUUCCGCGUUGAGUCCUGAGCAGUGGGCUGAUGCGCUCGCGAACGUUCGCAAGAUGCUGAAGAAGGGUGGGAAAGCCCUGUUUAGGGAUUACGGACGCGGGGACUUGGCGCAGGUUAGGUUUAAAGCUGGACGCUAUCUCGAGGAAAACUUUUACGUACGUGGGGACGGGACGAGGGUGUACUUUUUCGACGAGGAUGAGUUGAGGUGGAUAUUUGCUGGAGAGAUGAAGGUGGAGGUCGGGGACCCAGAUAAAGGCGAUAAGCAGCAGGGGGAAGACGGAGAGCGGAGUACAUUUCCGAAAGGCGACUUUGGCGGCUUCAGAAUCAACGACAUGGGCGUGGACCGGAGAAUGCUGGUUAAUAGAAAGACACAGGUGAAGAUGUACAGGUGCUGGAUGCAGGCGGUUUUCGAAAAGUUA